AUGCCAUCCGUGAAUUCUGCCCUAGGACUCCAGUCCUUUCCGCCCAUCAAAGGCAUUCAAUGGUUCAACGUCUCUAUCCUCAUCUUUACCCCAGCCUUGUCACUUUAUGGCUUCUUUACUACUCCUUUCCUCAAACCGACAGCUAUCUUUACAGUAACACUCUACUUCGUAACCAUGCUAGGUGUGACCGCUGGCUACCACCGCUUAUGGUCCCAUCGCGCGUAUAAGGCGUCGAGGCCUCUUCAAAUGUUACUUAUGCUUGCAGGUUCUUCCGCCGUGCAAGGUUCUAUAUACUGGUGGGCUCGACGGCACCGGUCGCACCAUCGUCACACGGAUACAGAUAAGGAUCCGUACAACGCACAGCGCGGCCUACUAUGGUCACAUGUUGGAUGGAUGGUGUUCCGAACAGACAUCCGCCCGGGGUCUGCCGAUAUCUCCGAUCUGGCGAGGGACACGCUCGUGCAGUGGCAGCACCGACACUACUUUCCAGUCGCGCUGACGACUGGCUAUGUACUCCCGACGGUCAUUGCGGGUCUGUGCUGGGGGGAUUGGUUAGGUGGACUCUAUUUCGCGGGUGCGCUGCGUAUGACUAUUUGCCACCAUAGCGUGUUCUGCAUCAACUCGGUCGCGCACUACCUUGGGGACACGCCAUACGAUGACAAGCACUCACCACGGGACCACCUCGUAUCCGCGAUUCUCACGCUCGGCGAGGGGUACCAUAACUUCCACCACCAGUUCCCAAUGGAUUAUCGCAACGCUUUCCGGUGGUAUCAAUAUGACCCGACUAAGUGGUUUAUCGCUAUGUGUCAAUUUGUAGGGCUUGCGACGCACUUGCGCACGUUCCCAACGAAUGAGAUUCGGAAGGGCUACUUCACGAUGCGCCUGAAGGAGCUCAAGUCGAUGCAGGACAUGCUUCGAUGGCCCGUUUCUGCACGGGAGCUGCCGGUUAUCCCUUGGGACUCGUUGCAAGAAGAAUCUCGGAAGCGUACUCUUAUCCUUGUCUCAGGAUAUAUACACGACGCGACGGCAUUUAUCGAAGACCAUCCUGGUGGAGCUAGGUUAAUAUCUGAGAACACAGGGAAGGACAUGACCGCAGCCUUUUUUGGUGGAGUAUACGAGCAUUCUAAUGCGGCACAUAAUUUACUCGCCAUGAUGCGGGUCGGGAUCCUAGCAGGCGGCGUCGAGUGCCUGGGAGAGCAGCAUAUUCCAGCCUCGCAAGCACUUUACAUCACACGCACAACACCCAGUAGCGAUAUACCAUCUUAUCAUCUCGCGAGCCCUUGA